CUCAUUGUUUUGUUUUUUUUUUUCAUUUUUUUUAUUUUUUAUAGCCCUCAUUGUUGUGUUCGCUAAGUUGCCACGAACUUUAAUAGAAUUGGCCGCUCUCAUAACAUACCGGACCUACAUUUCCUCACGAACAACACUUUUGAUAACCUGAAAAUUUAGCGCACACAACCUAUAUCACUGAGACGAGUCUUGCGGAUGCAUUCAGAGUAAAUGCCUCAGCCUGGUCAAAACUGGAGGUUUCAGACAAGGAAAAGGUGUAUGUCCGGGCUCCACCCAUCUAGCCAAAAUCUUUUCCGCAGAGUUAGCUAGUCCGUGCUACCGCUCGAACCAUCCACUCAUCCAUCAAUUUCCACCGCUGAAGACAGAGUUGCUGCUCAAACCAAACGUUGAUUGACUGAUAUACUUCUUCUUGACUAGAUCACGCCGAGCUCUCCUGCAAGUUCUGCUCCUGUAACGUUGAAGCGCAAGUGAAGUACAAAGCUACAAUAAAUAUAGAUGGAGCUCUUGUCAAUUAAUAAAAGUAAGCCUCAAGGAAGUUUUCCCUCUCUGGGAACUUUAGGACAAAGCAAUGGAAGUUCAAGAACAAGAUACCCGGAAAAAGCGACCCCAGCUAUCUCCCAUUUUCAUAUUCAUAGUUUUUCUUGGUCUCGCCGCGUUUUUCCUUUGUCUCGCGUCUGAGUUUCAGAAGGCUAAGGGGAAAUAUCUGAAAUGGGAUGGAGAAUCAUGUUAUCUACCCGAAAGUCAAGCGUUCAGGUUUGGAACCGCGGCUCUGGUCUGUGUUUCGGUUGGUCAGAUCAUCGGGAAUGUUGUGAUUUGUAAGGGUUUCUUGAAAACAAACAAAAAGGAAACGGCGCCGUUUCGUGUAUUUCUUCUGUUGUUUUCUUGGGUUAAUUUUGCGGUUGCGGCUAUGUUGAUAAUCAUUGGUGCAAGCAUGAACAGAGAACAGAAAUACGGCAAAGGGUGGCUAAACGGUGAGUGUUACCUUGUGAAAGACGGUCUGUUCGCAUCAUCCGGCGUUCUGUGCGUUUCAGCACUGGGUGCAGUUCUUGGAGCGUUUGCAUCCAACGUCAAAUCAUCAUUACAGGUUGACACUCAAAACAAAAUUCUUACCCACAAUGUGUAAUAAUUCUAUUUUUUUUCCUGCCCCUUGUAACUUUGAGAGUUAACUUGAAAUCAAAGAAAUACGAUCAGAUAUGACAAUACGAUAUUCAUUAGAUCGGUCGGUAGUUUAAGUGUUACAUAUGAUUUUUUAUGUGCCCAUAUAAUUUUUGUUUAUUUUUCGCGUUUAUGAUCGUGUUUACAUCAGUAUAUCAUUUUAAUAUAUACUUGUAUAUAUAUAAA